AUGAUACGAUCAAGUUUGAAUUUGAUGAUUUUGCUAACAGCGUGGAUAACAAUUUUUUCUCUGACAUCUUCGGUAUCAGGUCGUGGAACUUUUACACAUAAUGAAACGAAAUCAUUCUCUACAUCACCACGGAUAUGGCAAUACGGGACAUAUUUCGAUGGGACAGUGGUUCUUCGAAUUGUUAAUAAGAAUCCUAAUAAAACGUCUUCAUCGGAUGAAGUGUGGAUAAGACCAGUGUUAUCUUUACGCAUUAUUCAUCCCAAUGGAACAGUUAGUGAAAUAGACAAAGACCUAGAGAUUCCAGAAUUCAACUGGCGCAUUACUAUAAGUCUUGGCCCUGUAAAUAUAUAUGCGCUUCAAAAGGGCUACUUACUUGUUACAUACUUUAAUACUUCAAAUCCGAACGAUAUUAAUACUUACGAAGAAUGGGGACGUAUUAUUGAUUGGAAUGGCAAUUUAUAUGAUAAAGUAAAUUUCUCGAAGGCAUACACCGAAAAUGGUACAUGGUACCCAUCAGAUACGACAAUAGUGACUAAUAUUGAUCCAGAAAAAGGUUUUAUAAGGAUAGCUGGUGAUGCAUUCAAUCUUAAAAAGUUAUCAGAGGGAAAUAUUACAAUUUUCCAAACUGAUGUCUUUAAUGUCAUAGCUACUGUUGACGAGGGUUAUAGUAUAAUCAUAGGAUAUUCCACUUAUUCCAGUAACAACAAUCCGUUAGAAAUUCGUGCCGCAGUAUAUGCUUUAACAAAAAGAUAUGAUGAUAAACAAUUUGGUGCACCAAAAAUGAUUUAUCAUUUACCUUUAGAUAAUAUUACAAUAACAGAUAUAUUUGCAGGUACUUCAAGUACUGGAAUCGGGCAA